CACGUGACGGCAGACAGUGGGUCUCCGCCGGACAGUGCUUCGUCACUCGGGGCCCGACGCUGCACUGCAUCCGAACUUCCCCAGAGAGGGGAUGUACAGAAGUACUAUCAUCACUACACCAUUACCACCGUAUACACCACACCCAUAUACACCCAUAUACACCCACCACUGCAGGAGAGAAGGAACAUCCCGUCCUUUCUCUCCCACAAAGCCAUGCGGCCAUGCUCAGGAAACCCAAUCUCCUCAACCACGGCGGCCUACAGUUCCUGAACUUAAGCUAUUGCUCGCACUUCCCCGCUCGGCGGCACCGCUCGCAGCGUUACGCCACCAGCAGCACCAACUCCAACCUCAACUCUCACGACCUAACAUGGCCAACUACACCAACCUUCACCCCGUACGACCUCUUCCAUCUCGACCAAAAAGCCCCCUACACGAAAACACGAUACUAUGAGCUCGUGAAAAUCUAUCACCCGGACCGCUCCUUACCGAGCAGCGGCGGCGGCGGCGGCGGCGGCGGCAGCAGCAGCAGCAGCAGCAACCACCACCACCACCACCACCACCACCACCAACACCCCCUCCUCCAGAACCUCACCCCCGAGGUCCGCCUCCAACGGUACCACCUCCUGGUCGCCGCACACGAACUCCUCUCCGACCCCGCCCGACGAGCAGCGUACGACCAGUUCGGCACGGGAUGGAACGUCCACCGCCCGGACCGCCAUCACACUGCCGCUGGUGAGCACCCCGAAAACGAGGUACCGCCGUGGGCCCGCCCGGGCUCCAAGGACUACGGGCCCAUCUUCGCCAACGCCACCUGGGAGGACUGGGAGCGCUGGCACAACCGCCACCAGGGGCGGCAGCAGCACAUGGUGGACAACCGGACGUUCAUCUCGUUUGUGGUGCUGCUCACGCUGCUGGGCGGGGCGCUGCAGGCCUCGUGGAUCAGUCAGCUGAGUAGCGGGUAUGAGGAGCGGUUGUGGGAGGUCACGGAGCAGUCAGAGCGGUUCCUGAAUGGGCGCCGGGAGAAGUCCGUCGUCGCGGAGCGGGGGAAAGGGUUGGAGGAGAAGGUGCAGCGGUUCUUGUUGGAUCGGGAUCCCACUGGGGUGGGGUUGAAGGAGGAGGAAGGGGAGGUUUAUCGGGGCGUUUUGGGGAAGAAUGAGGUCCAGGAUCAAUCGUCUACUUCUCCAUCGGGGGAUUCGGAGACGUCUCCCUGA